AUGGAUGAUGUAUGCAUCAAACUGGGCGAGGAUCUGGAGAUUGGAAAGAAAGUACCCGUCUCCCCGUUCAAGGUGUUAAACGACAUCGGGCUCCUCAUGUGUUUCAGAGAAUGUGAAGCUUAUGCUAUUUGUCUGUCCAUCAACUUUAAUCAAGAACCUAGAAGCUGCAUGGAUAUUCUGAGACGGUACCCUGAUAGAAGAGGGAAAGAUGGUGUAUAUUCUAUAAUUGCUGGUGUUGAGAAGAAAUAUGUUUUCUGUGACAUGAGUACUGACCAGGGAGGAUGGACGGUCAUUCAGCGGAGGCAAAAUUCAUCCAUCAAUUUCUAUCGGCCUUGGAAUGAGUACAGAGCGGGAUUUGGUGACCCCUCCUCAAACUACUGGAUAGGUAGUGACGCAAUCAAUGCUUUGACAAUGCAUAAAGACCAGGAACUUCGGGUUGACCUUGAAGAUUUUGAAGGUGAAAAAGCUUACGCCCUUUAUUCCACGUUUUAUGUGGAAGAUGUCAACAGCAAUUACAGACUGAAUGUGUCGGUGUUUUCAGGAACGGCAGGUGAUAGUUUGGUUUACCACAAUGGUAUGGACUUUUCUACAUACGACGAUGAUAAUGACAGCCGGUCCAAUGAAAACUGUGCAGUGCAUUGGAAGGGAGCCUGGUGGUACAAUGGAUGUCAUCACUCUAACCUGAACGGGGGGUAUGCAAGAGCUGCUGUGGCGGGAGCUCAAUACAUAAGCUGGCGCAGUUGGAAAGAUCAACAUAUAGCGCUAAAAGGAGCAUUGAUGAUGAUCAGAACUAAACUUUAAACUGAACAUCUAACUCACGCGGUGUUUCCGUCUAUGUAUGAAU